UUGAUUGACAAUUAUUUGAUAUAACGUAAUAGUCGUUUGAAUUAAGUAUUGAAUUCAUUGAUUCACUCAUUGAUGACAAUCAUUGAUGACAUGAAAUAUCUGAGACAUAUGUUUGGCACUAAUAUUAUCUUUUAAUACGAUUUAACGUUAGAUUUGAUGACUAAAUCCAAACAGUAUUACUAUUAAUGGAUAACAAGUUUAAUACAACACAUGAGGACAAUGACAUCCAACUGCAAACAUCACCAUUAAUGUCGAUGACAAUGACUACCGAUACGUUAUCGUUGAAGACAACCGAUUUGGUGACCACUUAUCCGGAUAAUUAUUAUAUGGUCAAUGAGUACCGCAAGUCUAUUGGUGCCACAACUAAUGGACAUCUUCACGAAUUUGUUCCCUAUCCACCAGACAUCAUAUCGACAUCAGUUGAACGAAAAACAGUUAGUGAUUGGGGUUAUCAAUCAAAGACACCAUUUAUUAGUCAGCAAAAUAUAAAAUCUAAAAGAUCUCAAACUAAAGCAAAUGUCCAGAAAUUAUGGCGAAUGUCGAGUCAAGAAAGUGUUGUCACUAAUGACUGUCCGCAAGAAUAUAAUAGUUUUGACAGACAGUCAGUUAUAUCUCUUCGAUCUUUUUGUUCCGGCAUUGAAUCCAAUCAAUCAAAUGAAGUAUUUCGACAAACCUAUGAUUCAUAUGAUGUGUCGACUGAAACCGAUAAAGUGGUUAUGAUUAGUGAGUUCAGUCAAGUGGCCAUCAAUGAUGAUACUAAUGGUCCACUUUUUGAGUUAAAACGUGAAAAUUCCAAAAUGAAAGGACAGAUCGAGCAAUUGGAUCACAUUAUGGAAGAAAUGGCUAAAGAAAGGUCAGAAUUAAUGUUGAAAUUGCAUUCAUUGAAUAAAGAGAUCAAAUUGAAGAGCGAAAAAAUAGAUGAAUUAAAUACACAAAGAGAGACACUUGUUGUUGAAUGUGAAGAACUCAAGUCUGGAAUCAAUAAAUGGGAAUCAAUUGUAAGUGAAUAUCAAGAAGUAGUCGACGCCAAGACAUUAGAGAUUAAAAAUUUGAGCGAUGAUAUUGUCCGACUCAGCGAAGACAAUACUAAUGUUAAAAUUAGUUGCGAACACUUGAAGAUUGAUUUGGAGUCCAAAGAAAACAUCAUAAAACAGUUAAACAAAAAAGUGAUUCAAAUGAAUACAGAUAUUGAGUCAUUAGUUCAGUCAAAAGUGAUUCUCGAAGAAGAGAUCAAACGAAAGAAUGCAGAAAUGGAGGCAAUUGUGACACAAAAUGAAUGGUUUAAAUUAGAAAUGAAUAAAUUACAGACACGUCUUAAUGAAACCCAUCAAAAGCUGGUUUCUGAACAACAAAUAUCAAUAAAUGCAAGAAAUGAAUGGCAAAAAGCACAGACUUUUAAUGUCUUAUUAAAACAACAAUUGACUGAAACCAGACAUAAAGCACUUGAAGAAAAAGAUCAAUUGAUGAAACACUUAGAGGGUAUUAAUUCAGAUCUGAUUAAAAAUGAAACGGAAAAACAAUUGUUUUCACCAAAUCAUCGUAAACUUGUUAACGAUAAAAGUAAUAACGAAUUAUCUAUUGAAAUAAAUCAGAAAUUAAUUGAUAAUAAAUUACAAAUCGAUAAUUUGAUGAAUGAUUUAAAUAAUUUGUCUGAUAUUAACAAAAAACUAAUCAAUGAACAGGAAUUGAAUGUCAAUCAAUUGAAUUCAAUGAUAAAACAAUCGACAGAUAAAGACUAUGAGUUGCAAACUUCAAAGUCUUAUAGUAAUGAUUUGGAGCUUAAGAUUAGAGGUUUGAACAUUGAUUUGAAGAGACAGAAGGAAUUGAAUGAUUUAUUAAGAAAAGACAAGAAAGAAUCGGAAUCUAAAUUAAAUUCACUUUUAUUUGAUAACAAAGGAUUAGAAUCGGCGACAAAACAAUUAAAAGAAUUAAUUGAAAAACACGAAAGAAGUUUAAAACGACUUCAAAGCAAUCUUAUAGCAAAAGAAAGUAAAAUAGAUUUACUUGAAAAUGAAAAAAUGAAAUUUUUGGAGACUAUUCAAGUGAAAGAUCAGACAAUACAAGAACUCAGAGUUAGCUUAAAUGACAAUAAAUACAAUGAAAACGAAUUAAACAUAUUUGAACUGAAAUUUCAAAAUCAAGAGCUCGAAAAAGUUAUGAAUGCUAUGAAUACAGAAUUGAGAGCAAACCAAAUAAAAUUUGAUGAACAAAGAAAUCAUUUAUUAAAAGAUAACGAAAAGUUAAAAAUAAUGUUAACUCAAGAGAAACAUAGAUUUGAGACAUUAACCAAUACUUCAGUGGAAGACAAUAAUUCAUUGAAAGAAUUAAAUGAAAAACUAAAAGUUUCUGACUUUAAAAUAAAUGAAUUGUUGACAGAAUUGAAUUUAUUAAAAUCUAAUUGCAAUAACAUUACCGGUAAUAAUAGUUUUAAUGAUAGUUUAGAAGAUGAACAAAGAGUACAAAUGAGUGAUAAUAUAAUUAAAGCAAAAAAUGAAAAAAUUCGAUGUCUUGAGUCAAAUGUAAAAUUAUUGACCAAAAGAUAUCGCGAAGCGUGUGAUUCAAAGAAACAAUUGGAGUUAAAACUUAAUAAUUUAAAUCAAAAUUUAUUAAACAAUAAAAUACUAGUCUCGACACAAACUGAAGAAGAAUUUCUUGGAAUAAGUGAUAUAAAUAUUAUUCAAAAUGAAAAUGAAUUGUUAAAACAAGAAACUAUUAGAAUUAAUGAUGAGAUCAAACUUAAGGAAACUAUUAUUGAAGAAAAUCAACGAAUAAUUCUUGAUUUGGAUCAUCAAAUUGGAAAGUUGUCGAGUUCUGGGGAGAACUCUACCAAUCAACACAUCAAGUCUUUGGAAGUAUUGAUUACUUCAAAAUCUGAAGAAGUCAUUCGGUUGACAGAAACUUUGAAUGAAAAGACAAAAGAGUUCAAAGAGAUGGAAAUGAAGUUAAAUAAAAAAUUAAAUGAUUUGGAAACAAGUAUUAAAAAAGAAAGGGCUGUUACUAAAGACUUAAGACAUUCCAUAUUUAGUGAGAAACGAGAAAAUAAUUAUUUGAAAAAAGAUUUGAACGAAAUGAAGACAUCUUUAAAAGAGUCUAAUGCUGUGGCAGAUAAACGAAAACAAGAAGUGAUAGAUUGUGAAAAUGAAAUGAAAGUCAUGAAAGAAAUGGAGUCAUCACUGAAAAGUGAAAUUGAAAGGAUUGCUAACGAUUUAAAAUUAACAAAAGAUGAAAAUUUCAAAAUUAAAAAACUAAUUGAAAACAAUUCACAUAAAAAUGGGCCGCUUUUAGAUCAACUCAAGAACUUGAGUCUAAGUUUGAGCGAAAAAAAUCAGGAAAUCGAUGGACUGAAGGUUCAAUUGAAUUGUCUUAAAGAGAAAUAUGAGACAGAGAUUUGUUCAUUAAGACAACAAAUGGAAAAUUAUAAGAAACAGGUUUAUAGUUAUGAAUUGAAUGAAUUAAGAAAAAGUAAAUCCAUUUUUCAAUCGCGUUUGACUGAACUGUCGGUUGUCAUCAAAAAGAGUUGCGAACAAAAUCAGAAACUCAGACAACGUUUGGACGCAAAUCAUAUAUCUGUUUCUCAAGAAUCACUGGUUAAUGAAGAAAUGGUGAACAAUCUGUUGGAUCAAAAUCUUAAUGAGACUCCAAAUAAUGAGAACAAUUCUGUAGUCAAUCUUCAGUCAUGUGUUGACUCAUUAAAACAAGAGAUGGAAUCUUUGCAAAAACAGAUCUCUGAAAAUGACAUUUAAUUUUUCCAAAAGUAUAACAAUC